AUGCCAGUGCCCUGUCUCCUGCCAUAUGAUGAGCUGUGCUGCGUUGAGACUCUGGCAGCAAGAAGGCCAUCUCUAGAUUUACCCCCUCUACCUUCUAUGUUCAGAACUGUGAAUCAAAAGAAAACUGUUUCCUUUAUGACUGUCCCAGGCUUUGAUAUUGUAUUGUUAGCAAAAGAAAAUGGACUUUUCCAGAAAAUUGGUGGCAAGAGUGAAAUUGCUGCUAUUACCUAUUUUGGAGAGUUGAUGGGGCCCAACCUCAUCUAUCUAUGUAGAGGGAAGAAGGAACUGAGACAGAGAUUUGGACUGGCAAUUGCUACAGACUUUCAGGCCGGCGCCCACGCACCGGAGCCCCGGGGGAGCCCGAAGGCCAACUUUGGGCUGCAACCUGUCCGCACAAGAGCUCUCAGAGCGGCUAACUGCGCGUGUGGUGUUUCGGGCUUCGCGGCAGCUACGGCAAACGAUAUUUCCGUCAGCCUGUUAGCAGUGGUCGUCAGCUUCUGUGGCCUGGCCUUGUUGAUCGUCUCACUUUUUGUCUUCUGGAAGUUGUGCUGGCCAUGCUGGAAGAACAAAGGCAUGACUCCCAAUGUCAGUGCCCUGCCUCAGAGUGUUUCAAGUGCUCCCGCGGAGGCUUUUGAGUCUGAAGAGAAAAAAGAAGUUAAAGAAAACGGAAAGCCAGCGCUCAAAGCUCUCGAGCCCGCAAUAAAAAUUAGCCACACUUCUCCUGAUAUCCCAGCAGAAGUCCAAACUGCUUUAAAAGAACAUUUAAUUAAGCAUGCACGUGUGCAGAGACAAACUACUGAGCCUACUUCUUCGUCCAGACACAAUUCCUUCAGGAGGCACCUGCCAAGACAGAUGCAGGUGUCCAGUGUGGAUUUCAGCAUGGGCACCGAACCCAUUUUACAAAGAGGAGAAACAACAACCAGCAUUGGGAGAAUAAAACCAGAGCUCUACAAACAGAAGUCAGUGGACUCCGAGGGUAACAGAAUGGAAGACGUCAAAAUCUGUGGGAAACUUAACUUUGCCCUCCAGUAUGAUUAUGAAAAUGAACUUCUAGUUGUUAAAAUUAUCAAAGCCUUAGACCUCCCUGCAAAGGACUUCACAGGAACUUCUGAUCCAUAUGUGAAGAUGUAUCUUCUUCCAGAUAGGAAAAAGAAAUUUCAGACCCGCGUACACAGAAAGACUCUAAAUCCUCUAUUUGAUGAAACUUUUCAGUUUCCAGUAGUAUAUGAUCAACUAAGCAACCGCAAACUACAUUUCAGUGUAUAUGAUUUUGACAGAUUCUCUAGACAUGACAUGAUCGGGGAGGUGAUUCUAGACAAUUUGUUUGAAGUCUCUGAUCUCUCCAGGGAAGCCACAGUAUGGAAAGACAUUCAUUGUGCUACCACAGAAAGUAUAGACCUGGGCGAAAUCAUGUUUUCCCUGUGCUAUUUGCCAACUGCCGGGCGAAUGACGUUGACAGUCAUCAAGUGCAGGAAUCUGAAGGCAAUGGACAUCACUGGCUCAUCAGACCCUUAUGUCAAAGUCUCUCUGAUGUGUGAGGGUAGAAGACUAAAGAAAAGGAAAACAACUAUAAAGAAGAAUACUCUAAACCCUGUCUACAAUGAGGCCAUUAUUUUCGACAUCCCCCCGGAGAAUGUGGAUCAGGUCAGCCUGUCCAUCGCGGUCAUGGACUACGACAGGGUGGGACACAAUGAGGUCAUAGGAGUGUGCAGAACAGGUCUGGACGCUGAGGGCCUUGGGCGCGACCACUGGAAUGAGAUGCUGGCCUACCACCGGAAGCCCAUCACACACUGGCACCCCCUGCUGGAGGAGCUAUGGAAUUCACGUGUGUUUGUGUCAGAGAACACCAGGAGAACACUUUUCAGUCCAAAUAGGAUGCUCAGGGAGUUACCUGGCCGGGCGACCAGUUUUGAUAGUCAAGGAUCCUGUUCAUCUCCGAAACCACCUUCCACGCCAUAAUGCCUCCCAUGUAAGACCCUGUAAUAAGCACCUAGGUCCAUGUGCUCCUUGGAUCAGGAACACAAAAGAAAAGCAGAAGGUUUGAUUUCCUCACGUAAAAUAUAUUCGUAGAAAUGAACAAAUUUACAUGCAAUUUUUUCAUUUACCUUUGUGUCUGUUUUUAAACUUUGAACAUCUUAAUACUGUUUACUUGAAUAUGAAUAUUCCUUAGUUACAUAAGGCAUUUUAUCCUUCAUGUCAUAUGCCUAUUAGCACAAAGAGAGUUGGGAAAUGUACUUCUUUGCAUCAGCAAAGAAACAAGUUUUUUUGAAAAAAAAAAGGAAUCAAUACACAUUUAAAAUUAAAUAUAGCUUAUGCUGCUAUUGUAUAAAGUAGAGUAUCACAUGUGUGGUUUUGCUUUUGUUACAACUUGUUCGUUUUCAGUUGUACACACUGUUCUAUAUAAACUUUAAUGAACAUUUUAACCUUUACAUAUGAAGCACUAAGUCCUUCAACGUUCACAUUAAUGUAGCUUAUCUGAUGAUAGUUUUACUUUCAUUCUCAGCAUAUUCUUUUCUUGGUGAGACUUGACUCUGCCAAACUCAAAACUCUGUCUCUCAACCUGUUCUUUAAAAAAUACAGAUAAGUCUGUAAAUUUAAAGAAUCAUAUUGAGUAAAAAUUCAAGUAAUAGUGAGAAGCUGGAAAGUGGAGGUUGAACUCUUCCAGCAACCAUUUAAUAUUGUCUCUCACAUUCGCUCAGACAUCUGUUGCAUUGUUAACUGAUAUUUUAAAAACUCUGAUAAUCUUAUGUGCAGUAUUGAUGUUCCCAAGUGAAUAGAGUCAGAAGUUCAUUCGUUAAGUGUUUAUAAAGUACUCAAGUUUUGUGGCGUCUAUUUUGUGAUGUGAAGCUAUCACACAGAUCCUGGAUUUCUGACAAAUCACACUGACAGACACCAAAGGUCCCACCAAAUAGUCUGUGCUCCUUGUGACUUAGUAAUAUGCACCAUCAGUGACUCAGAACCAUUCAGAAACUUAUCACUGGAAUUGAAGAUUUUCCUAAAAAAAGUGUGAUUUAUUUUCCAACGAACUAUAGAAAUGUACCAUAAAUAGCUUCCACAAAAUUUAAUACAAAUAAACAAAUUAGUUUUCAAGGCCAGACCUCCAAUUCUUUCAUGAAAGGCAUUUUCCUUCACAAGGGUGGAGGAUCAGGCUAUUAGAUGUAAAAACUAUGCAAAUGUUUUUACAAUACAGACUUUCUUUAAAUCAGGUCAACUUUUUAAUGUCUCAUUUUCAGGUAUUGUUGGAAGAUAUCUGUAUUGAAUUUGCCCAAGCUUACUUUAGAGAUCUGCAUCAUAGAUGGUGCGUUGUUCAACCUUAUUCCAAAAUAAUAAUUUCAGAAAAAGCAAGAAAAUUUGUACUUGAAAUAUGAAAACAAAUUCAUCAGAAUGAGAACAUUUUCAAUUAUGAAAAUUUUAUAUAUUCCUUAUCCCUAUAAAAAA